GGGGUAUAAAAGACUUGACCAUCGACUUGAUUGACAUUACUACCAGUGGUCGGCUAUCGGCAGCAGCAGCAUCAUCGAAGUAUAGCCACUGGAUUAAAACCGAUUAAAAUGAAACCCAUGCUGAUCCUGGCAGCCCUUGCAGGGCUCACCAUCUGCGUGCGAGCAGAUGUGUCCCACCUGUAUGGAGGCGGUCACCACGAUCACUAUGAUCACCACCACCACGAACACUUGGACCACCACCACCACGAUCACUUCGACUCCCAUCACUCCCACGAUCAUCACUCCUCCUCCGACCUGGAGCAUCACGACCUGCACAUCGAUUUGAGCUUCAAGCCGGAACCCCACCACCACCAUCAUCACGUCCACGAAGCCAAGUUCGACAUCCCGAGCGGAUACACUUACCAGGCUCCGGAGAAGCCACGCCAGAAGUACCUGCCUCCCAAGGUUUCCCUGCCGCCUCCACCACCACCUCCGCCAGUGGUUCCCAAGGCGGCUUACCUUCCACCCUCCAAGCCGGAGGUCAAGUAUCUGCCUCCCGAGCCCGCGCCAAAGUACCUGCCCCCCAAGGUUGCUCCCAGCCUGCCGCCACCACCUCCACCACCAGUCCUGGCUCCCAAGCCCACCUAUCUGCCUCCUGCUCAGCCGGAAGUGAAAUACCUGCCUCCUGCCAAGCCCGUGGAGAAGUACCUGCCCCCUGCCCCGGCUCCAAGGUAUUUGCCGCCCAAGGUUGCUCCCUCUCUGCCGCCACCACCUCCACCACCACCAGUGGCACCCAAGGGCCUUUAUCUGCCACCUUCCAAGCCAGUUGAGAAGUACCUGCCCCCCUCCAAGCCCGAGCCGCAGUAUUUGCCACCCCAGCCCGAGGUGGACUUCCACAUCCCUAUUCCCUCGUACGCUCUACCCCUGGGACCCGCCCCCAGUGCUCUGCCACACGAGAUCCACGAUGCCGAGCCGGGAUACCACUACAAGCCGCCUCUGCGCCGAUUCAGGCACUAGGAUAUCCACCCAAAGUCGCACCCCAACACGUACUCUCAUACAAACUGCAUCUAGUUUUAAGCUACACACAUUAAAAGCAAUAUGAAACCCAAA